UGGAAGAGAGGAAGCAGCUGAGAGACAAACCAUCAGAUCGGAGCUUCCUGAAGGCAGCGCAGAACUCAUAUCGCUUCUCUCACAUUCAGUGCAGUGGCGGCAAAGCUCAGCCCCUUGGAGACAGAACAUGGAGCGUCCCUCCUGCUGCAGCCACUAGUUGGCAUCUGGUCCUGCCAAGCCAGUGGAUGGUUUUUGAAGGACGUUUAUCUCACCUCCAUCAAGUGAACUACGCAGUAUGGUGCAGCCCUGCUUGACUGGCAGUCAUCCCACCAAGACCAUUUCAUCCAAAACCCAAACCAUGGCUCAUCCCAAGAAACAGGCUUGUCUUCAGCAGAGGAGAGGUUCAAGUGUCUCAUUGAUGCUGGAUGUCAGCUCGCUGGGGAAAGUGGAGCCUUUUCAAACCAUCUCCACUCCGCGGGACAUCACCUUGCAUUAUCUGAGUACCAGCAGCCACCUGUUGACGGGGGAGCAGCUUAGAGAGGAGGCCAAGAAUCUGGCCAAGUUGGAGGCUGAGUUCCAGAAAAUCCCACCAAAUUUUGUGGACCAAAAAGAAUUAGCCAUUCCUGGACGUGCCUUAAAGGACAGAUACAGUACCAUUUUGCCAAACCCACAGACCCGAGUGUGUCUACGGAGCUGUGAGGACAAUGACAGCGACCAGUCUUAUAUCAAUGCCAACUAUAUCAGGGGUUAUGGAGCUUCUGAGAAGAUGUUCAUCGCCACACAGGGCCCCUUGGAAAAUACAGUGUGUGAUUUUUGGGAAAUGGUGUGGCAGGACCACUGCUCACUCAUUGUUAUGAUUACCAAGCUGCAGGAGGAGAAAGAGAAAUGUGUCCUGUACUGGCCAGAGAAAGAAAAGAAGUAUGGGCGGUUUGGAGUGUCAGUCACAGAAGUCAAAGAGUGUGAAGGUUACUCCAUUCGAAAUCUCACUGUUAAGCUUGAAGAGGAGGAGCGAAGUGUGAAACACUACUGGUAUUCAUCUUGGCUGGACCACCAAACUCCAGAAUGUGCCCAGCCUUUGCUGUACCUGGUCAAGGAGGUGGAAGAGAGCCGGCGCAACUUACAAAGUCAGGGGCCGGUAAUUGUACACUGCAGUGCCGGCAUUGGAAGAACGGGUUGCUUUAUUGCCACUAGUAUCGGAUGCCGGCAGCUGGAGGAGAAGGGAGAGGUAGACAUUCUUGGCAUUGUCUGCCAGCUACGCCUUGACAGGGGAGGCAUGAUUCAGACAAGCGAACAGUACCAGUUUAUCUACUUGACCCUGGCCUUGUAUAGCACUCAGCUAGAGUCAAAGUGCUGCCAGUAAGCACUCCAGAACAUGAACGUCCAAGAUCCUCUAGAAAAAAAGUCUAUAUUUUUGCAUUGCCUUUUCUAUUGUAAAAUAGUUGUUAUAGUUUUAAAGUGCCCAUUUGCUGCAGAAUUUCCACAUGAAUGUAUUUCCUUCUAUAUGGAUAUAUAAACAUUUACCUACAAGUGAGGUUUUGCUGGAAGCAAACUGGAGUUGCAGACAUUUUCUAAGAAGAUAGCCUUAUGGUUGAUGAAGCAUAUUAUACAAAGCACACAGCAUCAGCUCCCCUUCGUUAAAGGGCUAGAAUUGGUUUGAUAUAUUUUUCUGAAGAUGAUGGUCCUGAGAUCUUUUUCAUUUCAUUCAAGCACAAUUAAUAUACCCUCAAGUGCCAAGAAGAAUCAUUUCUAUAUGAAUGUUUCAAAUGGUCAGUAGCAAAGCUUCUCCUAAUGACUAAUUAGUCAUACAAUAUCAGUUGCUACAGGCCAGCAUUUUGACAAAAUGCUAUCCUAGAAUGGUUAAAAAUCUGGGAGCCUCCAAAUAUUGAAGCUUGAUGCUGUGGAUGGUCUAUUCUAUGAGGCUUUUGGCAAAUUUUAUACACAACAUACAAUAUGGAACUUUUUUUCAGAGAACCAUCUAUGUUCUACAUUGUUAACAGUAUGAUCACUUUUAGAUGCUGGGGACAACACAGCUAUGCUGCCUAUAAAUGUCAAGCCUCAGCUAGAUGCUCACCUUUCCUAAUCCUCCUGCUAGACCCUAAGUCAUGUUUGUCCAACUAAGCUAUCCCAAUACCAAUAAGAAUAAACUCAGAAUUUCUAUUUUUUUUAAUGCAGUUUAGUCUGUAGGUUGCGCUUUCUUUGGGCUGCCAGGAAUAAAGUGAGAUGAGAUGUACGUAUAUAAUAAAGGUAAUUUUUUAAA